UAUGAGCCAAAAUGCAUCAAUCUCUCUUCCCCCCAAUCACCCACUCGGCCAGCACCAUCAAGAGGAGAAGAACAUCUGCAAACACACCUCCAUAGCCAAGAAAAAACCGAGCUCAAGGUUGAAGAAGACUCAAGGAAGAAGAAAGGCUUGGGAAAGAAAAGAAAAACUUAGAAAAAUUAAGGAAUUUUACCAAGGUAUUCUAGACUUCUCGAGGAAUCUAGGAGUGGCCGGGAAGUCGCCGGAGCCGCCGGAGUUUCGCCGGAAAAUUCCAAAAGUCACCGGAGUUCAAACAAAGAGGAUAAAAGCUUGCUAGCGUCAUUUCGAGGUUGAAGCUAGAGCUUACUUCCAGCACCCGUUGCUCGGGAGAUCAAUGGAGAGAAGACGUGGUUCGUGCUUCCUCUCGUGCUAUUUUUAAAUAAUUAAAUAAUGCUCAUGGAACUAUUUUGACUUAUAAAUUAAUAGAGCCUGCGAGCUCUUGUUUUACCCUUGUGUGGGUUCUUAUUAAACACUUAUAUUCCGCUAUGUGUUUAAUUGUAUGUUGAUGUUGUUAUGUAUGUUUACUAAUCGGUUUUGGCAUAUGUAUCUAUCGGACGUCUUGUGCAAUUCGGUAAGGAUGGACUGUGGUUAUUCUUAUUGGGUUGUACGACGGUUGUCCACGUGGCACAGACGCGGUCUGGGGCGUGACAAUUAAGUGGUAUCAGAGCCAGGCGAUUUCUAAACUAUAUAGUCAACCUCUCAACAGAGUUUCUCUCAAAAUAAUUUUUCAAUGAAAACCAUGAGCAUAAGUUUUGUACUUCAAAGAGCAUUUGGUUAUUGAGUUGCAAGGUCUCUGGUUGUUAAGAUGGGCCCCUUAACAAUUGGUAUGGCAGUGACUUGAGCCAAGUUGUGUCUUGAGUACGUUUCUGUCAAUUGACUUUCAAACGAGUCCAAAGACUCAUUCCAACAUAUUCUUUCAGGAAUGGGUGGUAGUGAUAGGGCGGUUCGAGGAAAUCCGAGAGGGCGCGCAUCGGGGAUAACCGGGCAAGCCAAUCGGGGGAUAUCAAGGUCACGUAAAAGGCGAGGUAUGGGCAAUCAAGGCCCACGAACACGAGCUGCGAUGGCUGAUCACAAUGUGACUGAAUUCGAGUCGUGGAACUCGGAGGAUGACUCAACUUAUCACCCUGAAAGCGAGUCAGAUGAAACUUCUUUUCAGGAAAACAGUGGAGAGGAUAUACAUAGUAUUCCUCCUGACCAUGUUAGUGAGAUGUACCGAUGGUACCAACGUGAAAGGGGAAGACAACGACAGGGAUGUCAGGAGGGACUGGUCAGAGGCGAGACCUCUCUCAGGAGGGGUUGGGGUGCUCAUAGAGCACGGGUUAGGACAAUCAGAUGUUCUGAUGGCGAAGAACCAUUCUUUAAGAUCUCAAAAUACCUCAAAGAGGCUAGAGCCUUGGGGUGCAAACCAUUUGAUGGGAUGGAGGACAUAUCGGAAGCAGCCGAGUGGAUAAAAAGGUUAAAUGAUGCAGCUGAUGACAUGCAGGUGGUCCCUGAACGAAAGUUAAGGGUAGCCACUAGAUUAUUGGAGGGUUUAGCUUCUACUUGGUGGGAGGGCACCAAGGGUAAGUUUGACGGGGUUGUCACGUGGGACAACUUCGAGCAAACAUUUUAUGAGCAGUUUUACACCACUUUCGAAGUAAAUCGAAAGAGGAGGGAAUAUAUCGAUCUCAAACAGGGAAAUGAGUUUACGGUGAAGCAACUGGAACAAAGAUUCCGACAUCUGGCAAGGUUCUUGCCUGAGUAUGCCGCAAAUGAGAACCGAAUGGCAAACCAUUUUUGGAAUGCACUCAAUUUGGAAAUACGCGAAAGAGCGACCUACCAAUUCGACAUGACUUUUAGUCAAGUAGUAGCCCAAGGUCUCCAGGGGGAGGAGCUUUGGAAGGAAAGGCAAGCAAGGGAUGCAAAGGAAGCACAAGAAAGAGAUCAGGUGAUGAUUCACCCUCCACGACGAGAGGGGAAGUAUGAACCUCAGAGCAAGGGGGACUCUAACAAGUUAGUUCCGUUUUUCAGUGAGAGUCAGAACUUGGUAAGUCAAAGCUCAAGCACUCGGGGCACGGGGGCACCCAAAUGUGAGAAUUGUAGGCGAAGGCACUACGGGAGAUGUCGAGAGCCAUCUAGAUGUUACUUUUGUGGAGAAACAGGCCACAUUAAGGUUCUUUGUCCUCAACGUACGCGUGAAGGAACAUCAGAAGCUAGAGGAGGGGUCACGGGGGUUGAAAACCCAACUAGGGUUGCCUCAAACAUGGUACCUUCUACAAGUCAAUGGCGAACUCGCUCGUGAAGGCCGGGAAUGGCGGAAGCCAUUUGUUAGGCCCGACCAUGGCAUAAGGUUGAAGCUAGAGCUUACUUCCAGCACCCGUUGCUCGGGAGAUCAAUGGAGAGAAGACGUGGAAUGGGUGGUAGUGAUAGGGCGGUUCGAGGAAAUCCGAGAGGGCGCGCAUCGGGGAUAACCGGGCAAGCCAAUCGGGGGAUAUCAAGGUCACGUAAAAGGCGAGGUAUGGGCAAUCAAGGCCCACGAACACGAGCUGCGAUGGCUGAUCACAAUGUGACUGAAUUCGAGUCGUGGAACUCGGAGGAUGACUCAACUUAUCACCCUGAAAGCGAGUCAGAUGAAACUUCUUUUCAGGAAAACAGUGGAGAGGAUAUACAUAGUAUUCCUCCUGACCAUGUUAGUGAGAUGUACCGAUGGUACCAACGUGAAAGGGGAAGACAACGACAGGGAUGUCAGGAGGGACUGGUCAGAGGCGAGACCUCUCUCAGGAGGGGUUGGGGUGCUCAUAGAGCACGGGUUAGGACAAUCAGAUGUUCUGAUGGCGAAGAACCAUUCUUUAAGAUCUCAAAAUACCUCAAAGAGGCUAGAGCCUUGGGGUGCAAACCAUUUGAUGGGAUGGAGGACAUAUCGGAAGCAGCCGAGUGGAUAAAAAGGUUAAAUGAUGCAGCUGAUGACAUGCAGGUGGUCCCUGAACGAAAGUUAAGGGUAGCCACUAGAUUAUUGGAGGGUUUAGCUUCUACUUGGUGGGAGGGCACCAAGGGUAAGUUUGACGGGGUUGUCACGUGGGACAACUUCGAGCAAACAUUUUAUGAGCAGUUUUACACCACUUUCGAAGUAAAUCGAAAGAGGAGGGAAUAUAUCGAUCUCAAACAGGGAAAUGAGUUUACGGUGAAGCAACUGGAACAAAGAUUCCGACAUCUGGCAAGGUUCUUGCCUGAGUAUGCCGCAAAUGAGAACCGAAUGGCAAACCAUUUUUGGAAUGCACUCAAUUUGGAAAUACGCGAAAGAGCGACCUACCAAUUCGACAUGACUUUUAGUCAAGUAGUAGCCCAAGGUCUCCAGGGGGAGGAGCUUUGGAAGGAAAGGCAAGCAAGGGAUGCAAAGGAAGCACAAGAAAGAGAUCAGGUGAUGAUUCACCCUCCACGACGAGAGGGGAAGUAUGAACCUCAGAGCAAGGGGGACUCUAACAAGUUAGUUCCGUUUUUCAGUGAGAGUCAGAACUUGGUAAGUCAAAGCUCAAGCACUCGGGGCACGGGGGCACCCAAAUGUGAGAAUUGUAGGCGAAGGCACUACGGGAGAUGUCGAGAGCCAUCUAGAUGUUACUUUUGUGGAGAAACAGGCCACAUUAAGGUUCUUUGUCCUCAACGUACGCGUGAAGGAACAUCAGAAGCUAGAGGAGGGGUCACGGGGGUUGAAAACCCAACUAGGGUUGCCUCAAACAUGGUACCUUCUACAAGUCAAUGGCGAACUCGCUCGUGAAGGCCGGGAAUGGCGGAAGCCAUUUGUUAGGCCCGACCAUGGCAUAAGGAAUUUUACCAAGGUAUUCUAGACUUCUCGAGGAAUCUAGGAGUGGCCGGGAAGUCGCCGGAGCCGCCGGAGUUUCGCCGGAAAAUUCCAAAAGUCACCGGAGUUCAAACAAAGAGGAUAAAAGCUUGCUAGCGUCAUUUCGAGGUUGAAGCUAGAGCUUACUUCCAGCACCCGUUGCUCGGGAGAUCAAUGGAGAGAAGACGUGGUUCGUGCUUCCUCUCGUGCUAUUUUUAAAUAAUUAAAUAAUGCUCAUGGAACUAUUUUGACUUAUAAAUUAAUAGAGCCUGCGAGCUCUUGUUUUACCCUUGUGUGGGUUCUUAUUAAACACUUAUAUUCCGCUAUGUGUUUAAUUGUAUGUUGAUGUUGUUAUGUAUGUUUACUAAUCGGUUUUGGCAUAUGUAUCUAUCGGACGUCUUGUGCAAUUCGGUAAGGAUGGACUGUGGUUAUUCUUAUUGGGUUGUACGACGGUUGUCCACGUGGCACAGACGCGGUCUGGGGCGUGACAUAUAUUGAUUGUUCGGAAAUCAUAUAUAUUUAUAUGAGUUUAUGAAUUGAAAUUGUUACAUGUAUAUUUGAUUGUGAGAGACAUAUACAUUUUUUUUUCUCAAAUUCA